UGCUGCAACUUUCUCCUUCUCUUCCCUCCCUCUGCUCCCACUCCAUCAUUCUUUUGGCCUCCUCCGCAUCUGUUCAUCCAUCUGUCACCCGAGUCCUACUGGAAUUUUACUUCUCUCUAUCCCCAGGGUUGCCGUCCAAGCUUGUUUGUGGCUCACCAUCAUCAUGAACAGCUUGGUGGCUACACCCCCUGUGCCUCCUCACUUCUAUGAGUACAGCCGUCUCUCCCCCUCCCGUUCAAUUGCCGCCAUGUCAAACCCGUCCCAGUCCUCCGCGAGCCGCAAACGGAAAGCCGAAGAUGAUGGCAAUGAUCAUGACAGUCGAAUGUCUGCUUCUCCUACCAACUCGCCUCCUUCCUUUGCUCCUCGGUCUCUCCCAACAUCCCGUUAUCUUAAGCGUGCCCGGCCAAAUCUCUCUGGCAGAUCUCUUUCCCUCCCUCGUUUAAUAGAGACUCUCGACACAGAUGCCCUACGUACGGUUCUUCGAUCCAUGUGUGAACGCCAUCCGGACCUCGUUGAUGAGGUCGUGCAUACCUCUCCUCGGCCCAACGUUGCAUCCACCUUGCAGGUGCUGAGGAACUACCAAUCUACCCUCCAGUCCUCCUUCCCUUUGGGUGGCAACCCUGCCUCUGACUACGCCUACAAUCGAGUACGGCAGCCCCUCAGCAACCUUCUCGAAGCUCUGAGCGACUUUACUCCUCACUUCUUGCCUCCUCACGAAUCUCAGGCUUCUACAUCUCUCAGUUAUCUGGAUGGUGCGACUGAAAUUGUUCACUCACUGCCGAGAUGGGAUACACCACAUAACAACAUUGAACGGGAUUCUGCCUACGAUGAAAUCUGCAAGGCAUGGAUUCUGGUUAUCAGGGAGGCUGCUAAGCGUGCAGGAGGUAUCCAGUUGCAAUAUGGCGGUUGGGAUCAGAAGCUUGCAAAGCACAACGAGAACUCGGGUGGCAAACUGCAGGCAGCCGUCAACGAGCUCGGAUCGAUUCUCGGGUGGAUGAACGGACAGGAGGGACAGAACUAUCCGAACGCAGCAGGAGCCGAACUGGGCUCUGUGCGUGAGCAACUGCUUUCUGGAACGUAUGGGCUCGGUACGCCGGUCAAGGUCGGGCCGUGGUAAGUCCCAAGGACUUCAGACAGCAUCUUCGCAUCAUAUUAUACCGACAGCAACCUGGUCACUAUGUUCCAAACUCGGGACUGCGACGUACGAUAUGACAUGAUACCUACUGCAUGGAGCUUUAGAUAGUUGAUUGGUUAAAUCGGCGUUUUCGUGCUCAAGGAACUUCGUUUCUUUCAGUUUAAGUUUCUGGGAAUCCGAGCAAUUAUUUCUACUUUCUAUCAUGUCGACGUUCCCAGACUGUUCCUGUGGCGGUUAGUGCAUUUUUCUUUUGGGGCCUUUGGUCGGCCAAGCAUUUACCCACUUUGGUCUCUCUCUACUUGCCAUCUCUUUACCAUUUCCUUUUUCGAUGCUAAUAUCCCUUCCGAUUUCACCGGUGUUUCGGAAGUUCAGUGGACAUCCAUUCUCGAGUCCACUCAAGCGAUUACCCUCAUAUGACCAUCCAAAAAUGCGUUUUCCAGGGGUUGUCCUGUCUUUGCCUCUCCCCCUUCUUCUACGUUCUGCACCCUCGCUUGUAUACCCCUAGUUUAUUUUCCUUUGUCGGAAGGUGGAAGGUAUCCUCAUCAUGUACCUUGGCGUUUGACGUCGGGCGGAUUUGUACAUGUCAAGGAGUAGUUUAUCUUACUUUUUAUAUGCAAUCGAUUCAAGAUGUUGAAUAUAGAGAAACGGAAUGAUACGAAU